AAACGCGAUCUUGUUGGCUGCGGGCGCCCCCGGCGGGCGUGGGCCGGGGGAAGGCGGCCCCGGGGCAGCCUCACCCCGCCCGCCAGCCCCGCUCCCGGCAGCCGCCGCCCCACGGCCCCGCCGCGCCCGGAAACGGCGGCACCGGCGCGGGGCUCCGGCUUCCCCCGCAGACAUGAGCGGGCUGGGGGCUGCCGCGGGGCCGGGCUGGCAGCGGGACAGCGGCGGGCUCUCUGUGCUUGCCGAGGAGCCGCACGGCGCCGCACCUGUGGAUUUCCUGCAGGAGCUGCCCAGCUGCCAGUCGGCGCGGAGGCGCCGCGGGGGCACCCAGGAGCGCCGGCCGGCCCUGCUGGGCACCGGCGGCGGCCGCGGGGCCGCGGCCCGGGCGCUGCCGCAGGAGGGAGGCGAACUGGCUGAUCGCCCUGUCCGAGAGCACCCGAAGUGCAUGGCGGACAAGAGGAGAGCAAGGGACUUUCAGCAGGCUGAUACAGAACGUUUAUCCAGAUGGAAGAAGUGGAGAAGAACUAGCAGUAAAUCAUUGAAAAAAGCACUCAAUGAAGUCAAGGGCUUGUCAUCUUACCUGGUGCUUUGGCGACAGGAUAUUCACAGCAUAGAAGGGAAAUUUGGUACUGGCAUCCAGUCCUACUUCUCCUUCCUGCGCUUUCUGGUCCUGCUGAACAUUAUAAUUUUUAUCCUGAUGUUCAGUUUUGUUACUCUUCCCACCAUAAUUUCUAAAUAUGGAAUAUUCAACAGUACCAUUGCUUACAUUUCUCCAAAAAACAUAGAGGCUAUCUGCACAAUUUAUGAACCUAGUGGUAAUAAGGGACUUGUUUACUUCUAUACUUACCUCAAAGAUUUGCUCAGUGGCACUGGAUUCCUUGAAGUGACAAGUUUGUUUUAUGGCUAUUACUCAAUAGAUGCUGUAUGGAUCAGUAUCAUGAGGUACAACUUGCCGCUGGCAUACCUGCUGGCUACAUUUGCCUACCUUGCCCUAAGUUUCCUCUGGAUAAUAAAGAGGUCUGUGGAAGGCUUUAAGCAUAACUUAGUGCAUGAUGCAGAUCCCUUUCAGAGUUACUGUAACAAAGUCUUUGCAGGCUGGGACUUCUGCAUUACAGAUCCAAAUGCAGCCCGGCUGAAACAUCGCAGCUUGCAAUAUGAGCUCCAGAUGGACUUGCAGGAAGAAAAACUGAAGCAAAAAAUAGCUGAGAGGAGCGUGGAAGAAAGGCUACGCAUCUACUCUCUGAGAACAUUUAUAAAUAUAAUUGUCAUUGCCAUUUUAUCAGGAUGUUUUUACUCUAUUUAUAGAGUAACUGUCUUCUCUCAAGAAAACUCCAAUGACAUUGACAAUGCAAACUCGCAGGUUAAUCUCUUAGUGCAGUAUUUGCCUUCCAUAGUGAUCACUCUGGCCAACUUCAUUGCUCCUCUGAUCUUCUCAUUUCUGAUUGGAUUUGAAGACUAUACGCCAGCCUUUGAAAUCAAGCUGACACUCUUGAGGUGUGUCUUCGUGCGGUUGGCCAAUAUUGGAGUCCUGUUGUUCUCACUGUGGAGUCAGAUCUCGGACUGUGGCAGUGACAAGUGUAAGCCCUGUGGAUACAAUUACAAACUCUAUCCUUGCUGGGAAUCUGAUGUUGGGCAAGAAAUGUACAAACUGAUGAUAUUUGAUUUUAUUGUAAUUCUUGCUCUGGCCCUGUUUGUGGACUUCCCCAGAAAACUGUUAGUUACUCAUUGCUCCUGCAAGCUAGUUCAGUGGUUUGGACAUAAGGAAUUUGAAAUUUCUGACAAUGUCCUGGAAAUCAUUUAUGGGCAGACUAUUUGCUGGAUUGGAACCUUCUUUUCACCACUUCUCCCUGCGAUAGCAACUAUAAAAUACUUCAUCAUCUUCUACGUUAAAAAGAUUGUUCUGAUACACACACGCAAACCUGCAGCCAGGCCUAUAAGGGCAUCAAGUUCCAACUUUUUCUUCCUGGUGGUGCUGUUGAUUGGGCUCCUCUUGGCUUUUAUCCCCCUGGGAGUCAGCAUAGCACGUAUCCCCUCUUCCAAGGCAUGUGGGCCAUUCAGGAAUUUUAACACUUCAUGGGAAGUAAUUCCAGAUACAAUACUUCAGUUUCCAACAGGUCUGCAGAAGGUCCUUUUUAGCAUGGCAUCAGAAGCCUUUGCAGUGCCUUUUUUUGUGAUCCUUUGCAUCAUUAUGUUCUAUGUUAUUGCCUUGGCUCGAGCACACAAACGAGUGGUUGAACAGCUGAGAGAACAACUGGUUUUGGAGAGUCGUGACAAGAUGUUCCUGAUCAGAAAGAUAGCAGAAGCUCAGAGGUAUCCUUGAAAACCACACAAGCCAAAAGAACUUGACUUCCUGAAACCCCCAGAACAACAAGAUAGCAGCAGAAGCAUUUGCAGCUUCUAAAAACUGAGCAGCUGACUGGCACCCUGGGACUGGGGUCUGUGUAAUGAGUGCUUGUGGUCUGAGUCUUGAUUAAGCCAGUGAGGCUUAAGGUUUCCAAAACUUGGGAAUUGAGCUGAUUUAUACUGUGUUAGAGCUGUUCAAAAAAGGAUACUUUAAUGCUGAUACAGCUUCAGGGUUGUUGGGAUUUGUUACAUCCCUAUUUUUUCAGGGAGUUUGGGUAAAAUAUGAUCAGAACUGACACUCUUUUGUACUGUUUUUACGAAUUAUGCUAUAAGAAUCAUGAGAGAGGGGAAAGGUAUGGUUUUACAUGCUUUCAAUGCCUUUCAUUUGCUUUGGUUUUAAAAAAGAUGUAUGAAAGUGUUUUGACUUUGAGUGCGUAGGAAAAGAAAAUACGGCAUGGGUUUGAAAUCAGUUAUCUAAAUAUUUUUAGAGGUGAGGGCUUGCUACUUAUGCUGCUCUGAAGCAGCAAGAGCAGUUGAACACUGGAAAACUGGUCACAAAAUAUUUCAGAGAAAACAAGCUGACAAAAAAGCUCUGAAUUAACACUCGAGGUAGGAAGAAUCCGGCAGGCACAGCACUGCUGGGACACCAGCCUUGCUGCUGUGGGGGGCCCUUUUCCUUUUCUUCUUCUUUUUUUUUUUUUUUAAUGUUUGAAGUCAUUAUUAUUUGUGUUUAAUUCUUGUAUGAACAGCUUGACUACUGUUCUGUGUGUUCUAAAAUGUGAAUAUUUCAGAGUUAAAUUAUUGGUUUGCAGUACUGUGUGUCAGUACCCCUUGAUUUCACAUUUCCUCUCUUACCUGAACUGCUGGCACCAUGCGUCUCAGAGAACCGUGUGUCGCUGUAGGCUGCUAACCCAGUCCUUUAUUUAAAGAUUGUGGUUGAGGAUUUUCUGUACAAAACUGCGUUUAUUGUUUGAAAUCCGUAUUCGUCCGCUCUUAGUUAAUGUGAGACAAUAUUCCUUCUGUAUAAUGUUUUGGGAUAUUUUCUGUGCUCACUGAAAAGAAAUGAUCAUACAAUAAACGCUAUUUUUUUUACCGUA